AACACAAAUUCAAAAAGUUCAGUUCCGCUCUCUAAUAAUUCAAAAUCUUCAUCUUCCUAUCUCCCAACGGCUAUUUCCCCCUCUCUCUUUCUCUCUCGUUCUCUUCUUACCUCUUCCCCUUUCCUUCUCUUCCCUGUCUCUCCCUCUCUCUCUCUCUCUCUCUCUCUCUCUCUCUCUCUUUCUGGGCAAAAUGAAGCACUUCAUGCUCCCAAGAACCCCAAUCUUGAGGGACGCAGAGAGCCCUAGCAGCUCCUCCAAACCCAGACCCUCCCGUAAGCACCACCACCACAAACCCUCCAAAGAAAACGACCCUCCGAUCUCAGAUCCCAAUGUCGCCGCUGCCGUCGCCGCAAUCCAUUCCCCUGCCAAAUUGAAGAGCCCCUUGCCUCCUCGCCCUCCCCCUUCCAACCCUCUCAAACGCAAGCUCUCCGCCGACAACACCACCACCCUCACCGACAACAACGCCGCCGUACUCUCCGAUUCCGGCGUUAAGGUUGUUGUGAGGAUGAGGCCACUGUGCAAGGAUAAGGACGAAGGAGAUCCCAUUGUUGAGAAGAUUUCCACUGAUUCCUUGUCCUUCAAUGGCCAGACUUUCACCUUCGAUUCCGUCGCUGACAUGGAGGCUACCCAGCUCGAUAUUUUCGACCAUGUUGGGGUGCCUUUGGUAGAGAAUUGCUUGGCUGGUUUCAAUAGUUCAGUGUUUGCUUAUGGACAGACGGGGAGUGGGAAGACUUAUACAAUGUGGGGUCCUUCGAAUUCCUUGUCCGAAGAAAAUGUAGCAAGAGAUCAGCAAGGCCUUACACCCCGUGUGUUUGAGCUACUCUUUGCACGUUUAAAUGAAGAGCAAACUAAGCAUUCUGACAAGCAGCUCAUGUAUCAGUGCCAGUGUUCUUUUCUUGAGAUAUACAAUGAGCAAAUCACAGAUUUGUUGGAUCCGAAUCAGAGAAACCUACAGAUUAGAGAAGAUGUCAAAUCUGGUGUAUAUGUUGAAAAUCUUACAGAGGAGCAAGUGUCUACUAUGAAGGAUGUAACUCAGCUUUUAAUAAAGGGAUUAUCAAACAGGAGAAUUGGCGCAACCAGUAUAAAUUCUGAGAGUUCCCGCUCCCACACUGUUUUUACUUGUGUUGUUGAAUCUCAAUACAAGGUGCUUGCGUCUGAUGGCAUGGAGAUUGUGUCAAGCACAGCAGAUGGUAUGAGCAGAUUUAAAACAAGUAGAAUCAAUCUUGUCGAUCUAGCUGGAUCAGAACGUCAAAAACUAACAGGUGCAGCAGGAGAACGUUUGAAGGAAGCUGGCAAUAUCAAUAGAUCACUCUCACAGCUAGGGAAUUUGAUAAAUAUUCUUGCAGAAGUCUCUCAAAAAGGAAGACAGCGGCAUAUACCAUAUAGAGAUUCCAAGUUGACAUUUUUGUUGCAGGAGUCUCUUGGAGGAAAUGCAAAAUUGGCCAUGGUUUGUGCUAUCUCACCAGCACAAAGUUGUAGGAGUGAAACUUUCAGUACAUUGCGAUUUGCACAGCGUGCCAAAGCUAUCAAGAACAAGGCAGUUGUUAAUGAAGUUAUGGAGAAUGAUGUGAAUCAGUUGCGACAAGUGAUACGACAACUAAGGGAUGAACUGCAUCGAAUAAAAGCAAAUGGGUACAAUCCAUUGGACUCAACUGGAGGUCAUUCAGCAGCUUGGAUCCGAAGGAGCUUGAAUUUGUUACAGUCUAGCCUGAAGAGACCAUCUCCACUAUCCCGUGUUGAUGAUGAUGGUGAUGAGGAGAUGGAGAUUGACGAGGAAGGUAUUGAGGACUACGAUGGAGUUUCCUGCAAUGCCAAUAUGCUGAAUAAUCGUAACAUGGUAGCAGAAAAUGACAAUGGAAUGAACACUGAUGAUCAAGAUUUAGCUCAAUCAAAGGAGAAACAUACUCCUGGUUUCUUUGACAGUAAAUGUUUAAAUGAAGAAUCACCAGGCGGCGUGGUACAAAGCAGUUUCUCUUCUGCUGUGGGUGAAUCUGACAUUGGAGAUUUUGCUGGGUUCUCAGCCCCAAAUGCGUCAACUGAUUCUCCCAGUGCCACGGUGAGUUGUGUCUCUCCUGCUGGCCUCAACAUAGAUAAGGAUGCUUUAUCCCCAGUCCUUAAAUCUCCAACUCCUAGUGUUUCUCCUAGAAUCAGCACCAGCAGGAAAAGUUUGAGGACAUCCUCAGGGCUGUCUCCUUCCGAUGAUAUUCAUGCUGAAAGUGAUUUGGGUAUAAGCACUGGCAACCAGAGAAGCUCAUCUAAUGCCCUUUCUAGUCAGACAGCUCCAAAUUUCCUUACAAAAACAGAAAACUUAGCCGCAAGCAUACGUCAUGGUCUUGAAAUUAUUGAUAGUCACAAUCGCAAUCCAGCUUUGAGGCGGUCAUCAUAUAGAUUUUCAUUACGACCAAGAGAAUCCAAACUAAUCCUUCCAGUUGACAAAGUUGAUGUGGGUGUACAGACUUUUCUUGAUGAUAAUAGGGUUGAAGAAGAUUCUGCUUUGUUUACAUGUAGUAGUUGUCAAACCAGAGCGCAACUUGAUGUCAUUGACAAUAACUCAAACCUACAGCUAGUACCGUUUGAUUGCCCUGAGUCUGCUGAUAAGCCAAUGAAGCAAGUUCUCAAAGAAAUCGAAAAGGUUUUGGCAGGAUCGAUAAGGAGAGAAAUGGAACUUGAAGAGUUCUGUGCGAAGCAGACUUCUGAGAUAAUGCAGCUUAAUCGUUUGGUGCAACAGUGCAAGCAUGAGAGGGAAUGCAAUGCCAUAAUUGCACAGACAAGGGAAGAUAAAAUUCUUCGCCUUGAGAGCCUUAUGCAUGAUUUAUUACCCAAUAAGGAGUUCCUGGAUGAGGAGCUGGUGGCCCUUACUCAUGAACACAAGCUUUUAAAGGAGAAGUACGAGAAUCAUCCAGAAGUUUCGAAGAUGGAGUUAGAGUUAAAAAGGGUACGAGAUGAACUAGAAGAGUAUCAAAAUUUCUACAAAUUGGGGGAGAGGGAAGUAUUGAUGGAAGAGAUACAGACUUUAAGGAGCCAGCUUCAAUUCUAUAUUGACUCUUCAUCUACGGCAGCAAGGAAGCAAUAUCCUUUAUUGCAAUUGACUUAUCCAUCUCAACCCAGUUUGGCAUCAACUCUCAAUGCCAUUCCAGAGUCAACAGAGGAGAGGGAUGAGACCCAUGAAAUUCCAGCAUCAACCAAGGACAGUGCUGAACUAAAACUUGAACAAGAAAGAAUUAGAUGGACUGAGGCAGAAAGCAGGUGGAUUUCUCUUUCUGAAGAACUGAGAGCUGAGCUUGAAGCUAACAGGUCGCUAGCUGAAAAGAGGAAGCGAGAAUUAGAUGCUGAAAGGAAGUGUACUGAGGAACUUCACGAUGCCAUGCGGGUGGCUAUAGAAGGUCAUGCACGGAUUUUAGAACAGUACGCAGAUUUGGAAGAGAAUCAUAUCCAGCUGCUUGCAAGGCAUAGAAAAAUCCAGGAUGGAAUUGAGGAUGUCAAGAAAGCAGCUUCCAGAGCAGGAGUAAGAGGUGCAGAGUCUAGAUUCAUAAAUGCCCUUGCUGCAGAAAUUUCAGCAUUAAAAGCAGAAAGAGAUAAAGAAAGGAGAAUGUUAAGGGAUGAAAAUAGAGGGCUUCAGGCCCAAUUGAAUGAUACAGCGGAAGCAGUGCAAGCUGCGGGUGAAUUGCUUUGCCGGCUUAAAGAAGCUGAAGAAGCUGUCACUACUGCACAGAAACGGGCUAUGGAUGCAGAGCUGGAAGCUGCUAAGGCCUACAAACAAGUUGACAAGUUAAAGAAGAAACAUGAGAAGGAGAUUACCUCACUUAAUGAGCUUCUGGUAGAAGCACGUUUGCCGAAGGAAUCAGUACAACCGACUUAUGAUGAUGAUGUGGUCAUGCCCACAUUUGAUGAUGACUCAAAGGAGCUACACAGUAUUAAUGGCGAGGACGGUGAGCUUGCGAAACUAGCAGAACCGUCGUGGUUCUCUGGGUAUGACAGAUGCAAUAUAUAGAUCAUUAUACGUUGUGUCAUUUUGUAUUAAUUUGUUAAUAUGAUUUGAAGAAAUGACUGUAUUCUUUCGUUCUUACUCUUUGUAAGCAUAAAUGAGUUUAUAUCCUAUCUGUGUCUUACUUACUCCAGAGCGUUUGAGGAAUCAAAUUCUUCAGUAGUCUGGUGGCUAAGUGAAAUUGUUGGACUAUGGGAAGCAUUUGACUUACGCCACACCUUUUUCCUAUUAUUAAUAUUUUUUAAA